AUUUACUUUGAGUAUAUAUGUAUUAGCAAAAGGCUGAUAUGAUCCAAACCUUUCGGGCUGUUCUUGGAUAUAGUUUGUGAUAGUUCAAAAUGUUUAAACCUGCCGUUACAUUAUUCUGUGUUUUUCUUUUCAAUGCUUGGCUGCCGAAAUCCUCAACAAUGACGGCUGAGCAAAAACAAAUGGUUCAUCAACAUUUCGAACAAGUCGGCAUGGAAUGUAUCAAAACUCAUGAAAUAACUGCAGAAGAUGUCACCAAUCUCAGAACGAGGAAGAUUCCAACUGGAGAAAACGCGUCAUGUUUCUUGUCAUGUAUUUUCAAACACGUUGGAAUUAUGGACGACAAUGGUUUGUUACAAAAAGAAUCAGCAAUAGAGUUAGCCAAGAAAGUGUUUAAUGAUGAAGAGGAAUUGAAAUUAAUCGAAGACUAUCUACACUCAUGCUCUUCUGUUAACACGGCAACUGUUAGUGAUGGUGAGAAGGGUUGCGAACGAUCGCUACUAGCAUACAAAUGUAUGAUCGAAAAUGCUUCCCAAUUCGGCAUCGACCUUUAAUCACAGCCAUCUUUAAUCUAUCUCCAACCUUGAAUCUUCACGUUAGUUGACGUUUUAUAAAUAAAUAAUAAACGUAUUAAAAUUCAA